AAACAUUACCAAAACUACUCAAUUGGUUGCAUAAUAUACAUAUCGACAUCUAACCUUUUCACCACUCACACCAAACAGCACUAGAAAAGAGGAGAGGAGAGGAGAGGAGAGCAACCAUGGCAGAGACAGAGAAAUGUGAUCAAGAAGAAGAAAAUUCACCAGUAAAACAAGUGGCAUUAACAGUACCAACAACAGAUGAUCCAUCCUUACCAACCCUAACGUUUAGAAUGUGGGUUUUAGGAACUCUUUCCUGUGUUCUUCUUUCAUUUUUAAACCAGUUUUUCUGGUAUAGAAAAGAACCAUUAACUAUCUCAUCCGUUUCUGCUCAAAUUGCUGUUGUUCCACUAGGUCAUUUGAUGGCUAAACAUGUCACUGAUCGGAUAUUCUUUAAGGGUACUAGAUAUGAAUUUACGUUAAACCCUGGUCCUUUUAACGUCAAAGAACAUGUUUUGAUCACAAUAUUCGCUAAUUCUGGUGCUGGUUCUGUUUAUGCUAUACAUAUUGUUACUGCUGUUAAACUCUUUUACAAGAAGAAUCUCGGUUUCUUUGUUUCUUUGAUCGUUGUUGUCACUACCCAGGUGCUUGGAUUUGGUUGGGCUGGAAUUUUCCGGAGAUAUUUGGUGGAGCCAGCAGCUAUGUGGUGGCCAAAGAAUCUUGUUCAAGUCUCCCUAUUCGGGGCUUUACAUGCGAAAGAAACUAAAUCCAAGGGUGGAUUAUCACGAAUCCAUUUUUUCCUUGUCGCAUUUGUGUGUAGCUGCGCAUACUAUGUUCUCCCUGGCUAUCUCUUCCCAAUGUUGACAUCCCUCUCAUGGGUUUGCUGGAUAUUCCCCAAAUCUGUUCUGGCACAACAACUAGGUUCCGGUCUUCAUGGUCUUGGAAUAGGUGCAAUUGGGCUUGAUUGGACGACAGUAUCGUCCUAUCUCGAUACCCCACUGGCGAGCCCAUGGUUUGCUACGGCAAAUGUAGCUGUUGGUUUCAUUUUCAUCACCUAUAUUGUAACACCAAUUACCUAUUGGUUCAAUUUUUACAAUGGAAAGAACUUCUCCAUAUUUUCGUCAACGCUAUUCGAGUCUAAUGGAAAGGUUUACAACAUCUCUAGCAUUGUCAACGAGGAUUUCAAGAUUGACAUGGCAGCUUAUAAUAAAAGUGGACGUAUUUACCUUACAUCUUUCUUUGCCAUGACUUAUGGAGUGGGUUUCGCGACACUUAGUGCCGUCAUCGUUCAUGUUCUCCUGUUUCACGGAAGAGAAAUAUGGGAGCAAAGCAGAUCAGCAUUUAAAGAUAAGAAAAAAGAUAUACACACAAGAUUAAUGAGCAAGUACAAGCAAGUGCCUGAAUGGUGGUUUGUUUGCAUACUUCUAGCUACUAUUGCAGUCACUAUAUUUGCUUGUGAGUUCUACAAUGAGCAGCUUCAACUUCCAUGGUGGGGUGUGCUGUUUGCUUGCGCACUUGCCAUGUUUUUCACUCUUCCAAUUGGUAUCCUUUUUGCAACCACAAACCAACAACCAGCAUUAAACAUCAUAACAGAGUACAUCAUUGGGUACAUAUAUCCUGGGUAUCCCGUGGCAAACAUAUGCUUCAAGACGUACGGGUACAUAAGUAUGAGACAAGCAAUAGUCUUUCUUGCAGAUUUCAAACUAGGCCACUACAUGAAGAUUCCACCAAGAACAAUGUUCCUGGCACAGGUUGUAGGAGCUAUUGUAGCUGGAGUGUCUUACUUGGGAACUUCAUGGUGGCUCAUACAUAGCAUCCCUGAUAUGUGUAACACUCAGGUGCUUUCCCCUGAUAGUCCUUGGACUUGUCCUGGUGACCAUGUAUUCUUUGAUGCUUCAGUUAUAUGGGGAUUAGUUGGACCUCGCAGAAUCUUCGGAAAUCUUGGUGCUUAUGCGACUGUAAACUGGUUCUUCUUAGGGGGAGCAAUUGCACCUAUACUAGUUUGGUUGGCUCAAAGAGCCUUCCGUAAUCAAAAAUGGAUUAGUCUGGUUAAUAUGCCUAUACUCAUCGGUGCAACAGCAAGUAUGCCUCCAGCAACUGCUGUUAACUAUACAAGUUGGAUACUGGUUGGGUUUCUUUCUGGAUUCGUUGUUUUUAGAUACCACCAGAACUGGUGGCGGAAACAUAAUUACGUUCUGUCUGGAGCUCUUGAUGCUGGUCUGGCUUUCAUGGCUGUGCUUUUGCACUUUUGUUUGGGUAUGAAUGACAUUAGUAUUGAUUGGUGGGGAAGUAAUGCGGAUGGUUGCCCUUUGGCUUCCUGCCCAACCGCUAAAGGAGUCGUCACCAAGGGUUGUCCAGUGUUCUGAUUUACUUACUAAAUCCUUCUUUGAUUGUUUUCUUAGUUGUGAAUACGAUUUUUAUUAUUUAGAUCCUUCUUUGAUGCAAUAUAUACGUUAGUACUCUCGGAGCCGAUCUUGAGUCUAAAAGGGUUUUGAACUUGAUCGCAAUACCUUUUAUAAAUAAAAUAAAAAAAGUAAAAAUCCUCAAAAAUUGUAAGAA